UAAGGUGUUUCCCCGAGCAAAACAAACAGAGACACAUAGUGUCGCGUAAUCAACCUUGGCAACAAUUUAAUAUAUGAAAUUAUAUUAUAAUACAACAAAUUUAAAAAUGUUCAAACCUUUAAGUAUUGAAGUUUUAAGUUCACACACCCCUAAUAACAAAAUACUUUAUAUUUCUAUGAUUGUAACUAAGCAACAUAGUUUUCGCAUCGGGUAAUCCCCCCUUAAAUUAAAAAAUUAUUUAUUUUUUGUUAUCUAAUUUAAAUUAUACCCAUAAAAAGAUACGAAAAAACGUCAAUUUAAACCAAAUGUAGACAUUAAGCUCCUGAUCAUGACUGAAGUCCUUCAAGUUCCACCGAUUCCAACGGAUUUUGAAACGCCAAGCCCUGUUCCACCAUGGCAGCAGAAAAACAACGAACGAGCGAAGCAGUUAUGGGAAGUUUUGAGGAAAUCUGUGAAAUCCACCACAGACCUUGUGAAGAAAUCUGACAUUCGGCCGGCCGUGGUCAGUCAUGGGGUUCAUCAUAUAAGGAAGAUUGGACAUGAUGAUGCAAUUGUGGAUGUCACAUAUAACUCUGUUAUGCAGGAGUUUGUGACCGUUGAUCAUCAGUUUGUUCGUGUUUUCCACGAGGAUGGACGAAGGAAAGACAUCAUCGAUACAGGCGAGGAGAUCAAGAGAAUCGUCACGUGUCCGCACUCAAACCAAUAUGCUGCACUCAAUAAAAAGGAUGAGAUCAAACUUUUCACUUCUGACUUUGAAUUCGUAUCGACAACAAAAGCGAUUCAUAAAAUUAAUUGUAUGAUGUAUAAUGAAAGCACGAACGAAGUUGUAACAGCAGGAACUUCAAACGUGAUGACGUGGUGCUUCCGAUACGGCAACCGAUACAUGAUACCCCAUCGUGUGGUGACGGAGGGCCUCACUUGUAAAGAUGAGUUCGAUAAAAUAACGCUCGAAAAUACGACGAGUCAUUCUCAACGAUGUUACGCUGUUUGUGGAACCAGUGUUGCCGUGUUCAAUCUUCAUAAAGCUGAAUUAAUUUGUUACAAACAUGAUCUACAUGUGAGGAACAUUACAAGCAUUCUAUUCUUCAACCCCCUCAAAUACAUCGUGACUGGAUCACGGGACGGUUCAGUAAAAUUAUGGGACGAUAACUUUGGAAUACGACUUGUGUUUGUCGGCCACCAUGGACCAAUAAGCUCACUGAGUUUAUAUCCACAAGGUCCAUACAUUAUGUCAUCAUCAUACGAUUGCACCAUUAGAGUAUGGAGUUUGGAGACAUGCGAUGAAGUGGACCUAAUAAAGUUGGAUGAACCAGUGAUUGGAUUAUCCACAACACCCAACCAUAGCCACCUUCAUUCAUUCUCAUCAUAUGCUGUCGAUCUAUGGUCGAUAACUCAUGUUCACCAAUUGUUUACUACUAUUGGGAACUCUGUUCAAAACAUUCACACAGCAUCUUAUAACAAGCUCGUAGAUCGUGUAGUUUGCCAAAGUGAAGAUGGAACCGUGCGGCUUUUAUCGCCACUAAACGGCGCUGUUCUCACCACUCUAGUGCCUCCUGUGGAAGUUUUGCAAUCCAACCCCAACAGCAGGGUGAACAGUGCCGCUAGUGGUCAAACCCCAGAGGACAAAUUGUUACUCGACGCUGUGUAUUGCUUACCAAGGGAAACAAUAUACGCAGCUUAUCGUGGGGGAGCGAUGGUGGUGGGAAGAACGCAUACAAAUCCUGUGACUGUUAAGCAAAUAUGGAAGUUCACAGAAGGUUCUCAGGUAAACUGUAUGAGUUUGUACGAAUAUAUCCUCGAUGUGACAGAACUUAAACAACUAUGGGAGGAAUCAAAGAAAGGAAAUGUUGCUAGGAAGAAAAAAACUAGAAUUCCGAGAUACGGAAACAAAACAAUCUUACUUGUUGGAAGAAAAGAUGGAUUUAUCGCGAGUCUUGAUUUGGACGAUGGAAACAUUCUGUUUGAAACUGAAGCCCACGGUGUUAAAGGUGUCAUAUCUGUUCUGUCCGACGCUAGAAAUGAUCGGGUUAUAUCUGCUGGGAGAGACAACAUCGUUAAAGUUUGGAAAAUGUUCCCGAACGCAAACGAACCGUUAAGUUUGAUGAUGUCAUUCUACUGCGCUCACACACCAUGUCACAUGACUAUCGCAGCAUCGAAACUAACGGUGGCGUUCCAACAACUUGCAACUGCUACUUAUACCAUUGUUAUGUAUGAUCUCGAUACCAAAGAGCGAUCGGACCACAGUCCCCAUGACGACCACACGGAUGAGAUCACGGGAUUAUCGGCGUGCCCGAGACUCAAGUUAUUCGCUUCAGCAAGCAGAGAUGGAACGAUCAAGGUUUGGUCGAACGGGAACGAGUUAAUCAGAAUUCUAAAAUUGAACGAGGAACCGAAAAGCAUCGACUUUUGCAACCAACAUGGAGAUCUUAUGAUUGGGCUCGGUAAAAACGUACACCGGGUGGAGCACAGUAGCUACCUACCGCGGGCUUACCUGUUCAAGAUGGUUUGCAUGGAAUUCCCCGAGCCAGUUCAUGAGUUAGCGAUUCCUGUCGAUAAAGCACGACUUGGGGAAAUGUCAAAGCAUGACUCGUUAAAAGUGACAACUGCAAAGUCAUCGUAUAUAAAGAUGAAUUACGGAUGGGACCCGAUGACGAAUGAAGAACAAGAUCAAAUAACCCAGGAUGAGCGGGAAAGAGCUGGAGCGUUCGCGCUUUAUGCUGCAAGGGAUGCAGAGCUCGAGAGGAUCAGAGAUGGAAGUUUAAAACCGAAGCGAGCGGAUCGUCGUCCGAGUAAACGAACGGAGUCGGUUGCAUUUAAGAAAUAUCUCGCUUUGUUUUGGGAUCGACCCAAGAAAGUUAAGAUUCCUGAUGUCGACGACUUCGAUCCAGACCCGCCACUAGAGCGCGUUGCAACCCCCAAAGUUUGGGAACCUGAAACAAAGAUUGGUUUCUUUCCUCCAAUCAAAGCUGCCAAACCAGUGAAGCAUAUCCUGGAUGGUGGGGUGGAGAAAGACAAGCACCUCCACGAAUCAGGUCCCGAUUACGGCCAUAACAAAUUCAUUAUCAAUCCAUGCGGGUUCAUCCCAAACUCUAUCCUCAUCAAACUGCUUUGGCCACAAGAUGAAGUGAUGAAACUACAGGAGGAUGUUUGGAAACCUCCAACCUUCACGGAGGAACAAUUGGAGCAGAUGAGGAAAGUGGAGGAAGCUGUGAAAGAGGAAGGAAAAAGAAGUGACAUCAUCUUAGCCCCAUUAGUUUCCCAGGGGAUCAAAACACCUUCAGAUGAUGUUGGAGAGGACGAGACGUACUUCAUGGGAUCGGAUGAAGAUUCGGAGAAGAUCGGGGAAGAUUUUGUGGAAGAUGAGAUUGUUGAUCCUUCAGCUGGAGUCAAAACUGUGAAAACCCAUCGUCCUUUGGGAAAGGUCGAGAAGAAACCUUCAGCGUUGAUGCAGAAGAUGCGACAAGCCAUGGUGACCCCUCCCCCUCCUCCUAAGGAACCAACCCCACCUCCAACACCCCCUCCUGUUAAACAAGAACCGAAGGUUAAAGUUCCCACCCGACCGUCCAAACCCAUCGUAAAGUUCGUAUCGCGACCCCCACCCCCCAAACAGCCAACCCCACCCCCUCCAACACCACCUCCACCCACCCCACCACCCCCAACACCCCCACCUUCCUAUUUAACCCAAUUUGAGGGACUUCCAUGGUACACAAGGCACAAGGAUUAUAUAACGCAGAGAAUAACUCAGCCUUACACUGCGAUUCAAUUCUUCAACGUCCUCUGUGACAUCAUAGGCAUCUCUAUCGACUGGGAUCAUCGUUGCGCAAUCGCUGAUGCGUUACUGUUGUUAUGGCAACAAGAGGGGAUAAAAGACCACCGUCACUUGGUGGCAGCACUCAGCUCAAUCUUGAACGCAACUGUUCCCCCAAAUCCUAAGGAAAUAACACAAGCGUUGUUCUUGAGGUCGGCCAUGAAACUUUACCAAACCGUAAACGGGGAAUCCGAGGGUUUUCUCAUAGAAAUAUUAACUCAGUAUCUUGAAUCGGAACAAGGACAUAGAAAUUUCAUUAAAAAUGUUCUCGUGGAACAAGGACUACAAGAUCCACAUUCCUUCUUGUACAAAGAGUUGGAAAGUUGGGAAGUUUGGAAUCUUGAUGAAACGUCAUCGAUGAAACCACAGUUGAGGGGGAUGUGUCAAAGAUGGUUUGAUGACUGGAGGGCGAGGUUUAAGAAUCACUUGGACCAGACAUUGGAUCGACUUAGACGAGGAGAUGUGAGAGCAAAGAUGAGAGGAAAGAGCAAAACAUCGGAGGGGAAGAGGGUCCAGUUUGAGGUGGAUGCGGGAGAUGCUGCCAAUAGGGUCCUUACUUCAAUGGAGGUUUUGAAUUACUUCUGCGAGAUGAUGUUGGAGGAUGAAUUAGAACGAGUUCGACUCGCCAACAUGAAACCAGAACCAACCAAGAACACGGUGCUUGUGUUGCCGAAGCUGCAGGGACAACAGGCGAUUGUCCGCCUUGGAGAGAUGCACACAGCACGUAGAGUUCGCCACCGGAGGGAGCUAGCAGCCGAGUUUAAAGUCAACCCGUUAAACCGACCUUACCCCGACCUAAUGGCUGCAUUCACCAACAAACUAACAUUCCCUAUUCAUUCACAUCAUGUCAAUCCAUUCCCUUGUAAUGUGGACAAAUAUGACGCUACAGAAUACCAGCCAAUUCUACUCACCCUCAAGUCACCCGCUCAAAAAUAUUUCAUUCCAGAACGUUCCUUUGUUCAUCUUGAGUGAUUGUUUUGUAAUAAACCUGGUUGUUUUAGAAUAAAAAGGAUUGUGAGUUGGUUAAA